AUGGGCAAUGAGGAGAAAAUUUUCGAACCACCCGCGGAUAUGCGUCGCGAUCCCGCGCGUUUGCAAGAGGAUGCGGCCGUAUCGUCGUGCGAUUCGGGGUCAUCGAGUUCAAGUUCGACUUCGAACGAGGAUGAACAUCUGCCACCCAAGAAACGGCGCCACCGUCGUGACAGCCGCAGUCGAUCUCGCGACUCCAUGCGAGAAAUGGAACUAAGGUCGUUG